AUGGAACGGUGGUGGCAGCUCCUGUUAGGGCUGUGGACAGUCGCGCCCAUCUGGGCUGGGGAGAAGCUGCUCGAUGUCUGCAUGAACACCCAACACCACAAGCGGAAGCCUGGCCCAGAAGACAAGCUCUACGAUGAGUGCAUCCCCUGGAAAGACAAUGCCUGCUGCACGGCCCGCACAAGCUGGGAAGCCCACCUCGAUGUGUCCCUGCUUUACAACUUCAGCUUGGUUCACUGCGGGUUGAUGAUGCCAGGCUGUGAGAAGCACUUCAUCCAGGCUGUCUGCUUCUAUGAGUGCUCCCCAAACCUGGGGCCUUGGAUCCGGAAGGUCAGAAGACUGGGCUGGGGAAUGGACUUGAGUGGGCCAGGAGAGCGAAUUCUAGAUGUACCGCUCUGCCAGGAGGACUGUGAACAGUGGUGGGAAGACUGUCGCACAUCUUACACUUGCAAGUCCAACUGGCACAGCGACUGGAACUGGAGUCGGGGGAAGAACCGUUGCCCCGCAAGGGCUGUCUGCCAUCCUUUCCCCCAUUACUUCCCCACCCCGGCUGACCUGUGCGAGAAGAUUUGGAACAACUCAUUCAAGGCAAGCCCUGAGCACAGGGACAGUGGGCUGUGCCUGCAGAAAUGGUUUGAGCCUGCCCAGGACAACCCCAAUGUGGCUGUGGCCCGCCUCUUUGCCAGCACUGCCCCACCCUGGGAAAUCUCCUACAUUCUCCUGGCUUUCUCUCUAUUCCUGUCAUUCCUAUCUUAA